AUGGAAAGCAUUCUUCAAAAUCAUCCUGAUCCAAACUUAAUAUACCAGCAAACACUACCCACUUUUAGAACAGCCCUUCAUGUGGCAACGUUAGCCGGACAUGUGAAGAUCGUGGAAGAACUAGUGAAGCUAAUGACAGAAGAAUCCUUGGGAAUGCAAGAUUGUUUUGGGAAUACAGCACUUUUUUAUGCUGCAAUUGUUGGAAUCACCAAGAUGGCUGAAAUCAUGAUCAACAAGAACAAAAGGUUGAUCACCAUUGCAAAUGGAGAGGGAUAUCUCCCCAUUGUCCAGGCAUGCAUAUUAAACCAUAAGGACAUGACUCAUUAUCUUUACCGUGUGAUUCUAGAAAGUAAACAUGAUCUAGCAAGUCAAGAGUAUUCCAGGCAUGGAUCUUUGCUGCUCCAAUAUUCUAUUGAAAGCCAGAUGUUUGAAUCCCUUCCUGCCUCUGAUGAAAUCCAAAGCCAAAAUGGACAGAAGAACACUAUGCUGCAAGGUACGAGAUUCAUUUGUUCCUAG